UAUUAGGAAGAAUAAACCAACUUGGCUGAUUACAUUCUUUAAAGGUGCUGCCCGUACCCGUGCUUUGCCAUAUAACAGAUUUAAAGUAUGAAUAUUUUUCGAUUUCCGUGCCCUUAUUAAAAAUGGUGUGUUAUCGUCAAAUCACGUGACGAAGGGGGAAGCGCUCAGUCGAACAAAAUGGCGGGGUACUUGGGGAUGUAUGAGGAGACCCGUGACAUAACGCAGCAGCAGGAAAGACACUAUUAUCUUCUGUCAGAGCUGCAGAGCCUGGUGAAAGAUCUCCCCAGCGCCUGCCAUCAGCGAAUGUCUCACACUAUACUAAGUGAUUUGGCAUUAGCUCUUAUUGAUGGAACUGUUUUUGAAAUAGUACAAGGCUUGCUGGAAAUUCAACAUCUAACAGAGAAAAAUCUGUACAAUCAACGAUUAAAGCUACAUGCAGAACAUAGAGCCUUAAAACAAGAUCUUCUACGCAAGCAUAGAGAAGCUCAGCAGUCCUGUAAAACCCACAAUUUUUCAGUACUCAAAGCUACCCAGCAAAAAGAGCUAGAGUCUCUUGAGCAGCGCAUAAAAGAGGAGCAACGGAUGAUGGAUGAGAAAAUUGUUCUGGAAUUAGAUCAGAAAGUGAUAGAUCAGCAAAGCACCCUGGAAAAAGCAGGAACUGAUGCUCCAAAUGAAUAUACUGGAGCUAAUCCAGAAGCUGCAACAAAAGGAAUCCCUUUCAAGCAAAAUGUUCCCUUAAGUUUGACUGAACAGGAACUGCACUUUUUUCUUUCUUAAAACAACUGAAGGGCUGUGAUGCUGAUGUAACGUUUUUUGUUGUGUCAGACAGUCUGGUUUCUCGUAUAGGUUUAAACUAGGGAUGCACCAAAUCCAGGAUUCUGCCAUUUUCAGCAGGAUUGGGCCGAAUCAAAGUGCCUGUCUGAACUGAAUCUGAAUCCAAAAAAUCCUGUGACUUUUCGUCACAUAAACAAAGCGAGUUCAAAAAUGUCUUUACCACGUGCUGCAUGUGCGAUUCACUUUCCUCCUUUUUCUCCUAAUUUACAUACAUAAAUUACGGUUUGGAUUGGGUUCGGGAUUCGGACGAUUCUUAUCACAAAGGGUUCGGGAUUCGGUGCAUCCUUAGUGUUAAAGUUUCAUUUGCACAUUUGUAUAUAAAGAAUAGCAGCAUUACUGGUCAAAUAUAUAUAUAUAUGUUCAAAGGACAAAGUUCUACUUUUUCAGGAAAAGUGUGUUUGUCAGGCAUGUGUUCCUAAGGUUUGUUUUAUUUUCUGUCUCAAGGGGCAAGUAGGAGAACGGAAUGAUUUUGUCUCUCGCUGUUUUUUCCCCUUUGUACACUGAUAAAAAAACAAGUCUUUUCAUCAGCCUUUUUGGAUUGUGUUGAAUUGUAUAUUGUGAUAUAUCGGGAAUGUAUAUUUUGUUUGUCAUUAUUAAAGGUUUGUUUCAAUGUGAUUUAUUUUCGCUUAUGCAACACAAGAAAAUGGUCUGUAAAAGUAAAGACAAAUGAAAUACCUGUUUUGUGAAAACUGAUUUAAAGGCAUAUGAAGAUGACAUGUGAGUAGUUUAUCCCUAAGAGGAAAGAGGUGUUACAGCUUUGUGUAUAUGUGUCAUCUCUGUCACAAGUUUACUAGAAUAAAACAUGCUUACUUAUUCCUAAACAAAUUUACAAUUAAAAUUAACAAUCUUUAAACGUUA